UUCAUACCUAAAGCCGCAGCCUGCACUUCAUUUGAGGCCGUGAUUUGAUUUUGCUUUUGUAUAGUGCGGGUUCAGUUUGUUGACGAGUUCGGUAUAAAGCGCUCGCUAGUUAAAGAAUGUGACUUGCUGAAAAAUAAAGUAAACGUGCUUCAGUGUUGUUUUCUGUGAUAAAAAUGACCUGAGGCGGUUAUUGUGCUUGAUGGUGUCUAAUAAGUGUUCUGUGUAAAAUGGGUUUGAUAACUUCAAGGGAUCAGACAAUGCUAGACGGUCCGGUGGGGACGACUAAAAGUCACCAUGUACGGCAACCGUCCACCAGGAAUCGAACCAAGCCUCCGAUGCCGGAUAGAGAUGAAUUGGAGAAUCGAUUCAUCAAAGUUUUGGCCUCCAUGGACCUUCCACCGGACAAGGCGAAGUUACUUCGAAACUACGAUCUUGAAAAGAAAUGGGAGAUCAUAUGCGACCAGGACAUGGUACAGGCGAAGGACUCGCCAGCUCAUUACCUCAACAAACUUCGAACCUACCUCGACCCGAAAGCCUCCAGGAGUCACAGAAAAAGAAAAAUGGUCGGUGACUCUACUUCUACACAAGUUCUUAGGGAUUUGGAAAUAUCGUUGCGAACCAAUCAUAUCGAAUGGGUGAGAGAAUUCCUAAAUGAACAAAACCAGGGGCUCGACGUGCUGAUCGACUACCUGAGCUUCAGGUUGAGCAUGAUGCGGCACGAGCAGAGAAUAGCGCUCGCCAGGAGUCAGUCCACCGACGCUAUUCACCAGGCAAACACAACAACAUCAGACUGUAGCGGUCCAACCGAAGCCAGCGGUACUCUAAGUGCCACUUGGAGGCGAAGGGCAAGAUCAGCUGAUUCGGAUGGGGAAACAGUGGGCAGUCCCGCAGUCGCUAGACGGAGAACAAGACACGCGGCUAGACUGAACAUGGGGGCAUCUACAGACGAUAUACACGUCUGCAUUAUGUGUAUGCGAGCUAUCAUGAACAAUAAGUAUGGUUUCAAUAUGGUGAUCCAGCACAGAGAAGCUAUCAACAGCAUAGCUCUUUCUCUCGUUCACCAUUCCCUACGAACCAAGGCGUUGGUACUGGAACUGCUAGCAGCCAUUUGCCUGGUGAAGGGCGGCCAUCAGAUAAUACUCUCAGCUUUUGAUAAUUUCAAAGAGGUUGUCGGGGAACCGAGGAGAUUCCACACUCUCAUGGAGUACUUCAUGAAUUAUGACACCUUUCAUAUUGAAUUUAUGGUGGCGUGUAUGCAGUUCGUGAAUGUAAUAGUUCACUCGGUCGAAGAUAUGAACUUCAGGGUUCACCUGCAGUACGAGUUCACGGCCCUCAAGCUUGAUGACUACUUGGAGAGGCUCAGGCUCUGCGAGAGUGAGGACUUGCAAGUGCAGAUCUCAGCCUACCUAGACAAUGUGUUCGACGUGGCUGCCCUUAUGGAGGACAGUGAGACGAAGACCGCUGCCUUGGAGAAAGCCAACGAGCUCGAGGAUGAACUAGGACAUGCUCACGAGCGUCUAGCGGCUUUGGAAAGGGAAGCCAUCGCGAAGCAAGCAACUCUAGAAGCGGAACUCGCUCAAGUGAGGCACGAGCGAGACCAACUGGCGGAGGCGAGGAGACAGGUCGUUGAAGAGGUAUCCACAUUGAGACGAGCACAGCAAGAUUCAAGAAAUAGACAAUCAAUGCUCGAAUCUAAAGUUCAAGAACUCGAAUCUCUCACCAAAUCGUUACCACGGGGUGCUUCAAUGGGUGCUAUAUCCUCACACGCAAUGUGUAACGGAACAGUCAACGGCCAUAUCUCUCCACCGGGAACGUUGACCAACGGGGACGUGCACCUACCCCUACCGAACCCUCCUACUCCACCCCCCGCACCCAUGCUCCCCCCUCCACCCCCAGCGCCUCAACCGCCCCCACCCCCUCCUCCGCCAGUCAUAGCGCCCCCACCCCCCGCACCGCCGGCCCCUCCUGCGCCCGGGCUUAUGCUCCCCCCCCAACACACAGAUGCCAUGACUAUCAAGAGGAAAGUCGACACGAAAUACAAGUUACCUACGUUAAAUUGGAUCGCGCUAAAACCAAAUCAGGUGCGCGGCACGAUCUUCAACGAGCUGGACGAGGAGCGGCCGCGGCGCCGGAUCAACUUCGCGGAGUUCGAGGAGAAGUUCCGCAUCGGAGGCGCGGGCGCGGCGCCGCAGCCGGCCGACGACGCGCUCGCCUCCUUCCCCAGCAAGCGCUUCCGCCGCCCCGACACCGUGUCGCUGCUGGAGCACGCGCGCCUGCGCAACAUCGCGAUAUCAAGAAGAAAAUUGGACACUCCAGUAGAAAAGGUUAUAGCAGCGAUCCAAACGCUAGACCUUAAACAGUUACCGCUAGAGAGCGUUGAGAUCCUUCAGCGUAUGGUGCCGACCGAAGCCGAACAAAAGGCUUACAAGGAAUACGUAGCGGAGAAGAAAAAUAUAAACCAACUAACCGAGGAGGACAAAUUCCUCAUGCAACUAGCCAAAGUCGAGAGAAUUUCAGCCAAAUUGGCCAUAAUGAGUUACAUGGGUAAUUUCUACGACAAUAUUCACCUAAUAACGCCACAAAUACACGCAAUAAUAUCUGGUUCGUCGUCAGUAAAGUCGUCGCAGAAAUUACGGAAUGUUCUAGAAAUAAUACUCGCGUUCGGUAACUACCUAAACAGUAGUAAACGUGGUCCAGCCUAUGGGUUCAAACUACAGUCUUUGGAUACUCUGAUGGACACGAAGUCGACAGACAAGAGAGUGUCGUUGUUGCAUUACAUCGUGGCGACGAUACGACAAAACUUUCCAGAACUGCUGAAUUUCGACACAGAGCUCAUGUAUAUUGACAAAGCAGCGCAAGUGUCGCUGGAGAACGUAGUCGCAGACGUGUGUGAACUCGAGCGCGGGAUGGAGGCGGCGCGGCGCGAGGGCGAGGCGAGAGGAGCGGCGCACGUGCUGCGGGACUUCGUGAGCAACGCGGCCGACAAGCUGCGCCGCCUGCGCGCCGAGACCAAGCACGCGCAGGACUCGUUCGCCGCUUGCGUGGAGUACUUCGGCGAGGCGCCUCGCAGUUGCGACGCGAACGCGUUCUUCUCCCUACUUGUGCGGUUCACCAGAGUUUUUAAGCAAGCCGAUAUGGAAAACGAACAGCGUCGCCGGCUCGAACAAGCCGCUCACGCGGACAGCCUCGACCCCGCCAAAGCUAAACUCGCGCAGAAGAAACAACAGGAAGCUGUAAUCAACGAACUAAAAACGAAGUCGCAGGCCGUCGGCGAAAAGAAACUUCUUCACCAGGACGAGGUGUACAACGGAGCCCUAGAGGACAUUUUACACGGACUUCGAAGCGAGCCCUACCGCCGCGCAGACGCAGUGAGGCGCUCCCAUCGCCGCCGUAUAAAUUCCCAUCGCCUUUCUAAAGGGCUCGAGGAGUUGGAUGUAUGAUACGAGCUCGAAUCCAGCGACCAGCUGGAUUUCUCCGUACAAAACGCCGUGAUGUCCAUCGAAACCAAGUGCGGCUUCUUUACAAAGAAGCGUAGAAAGGAUUUGGAGAUGGUUCACAAGAAACCGAUAGCCAUUU